AUGACGGGAACCAUAAUAGAAAAUCUUAGCGGUAGAAAAUUGGCUGUAUUAGUCACGUUUCUUUUGUUAUGUCAAUUAACAUGUUUUCUCAUCGGCGGAUUAAUCGCACCCACGCCAGCGAAUGCUCAGAAUAUUCUUGCUACGGUAUGCAAGGACACGACAAUUAUGAAAAAUGAUACAACAAAAUGGUUUUACAACCGGGGUAAAGAUAAAUGUAAAACGGUCGACCUCGGCGACAUGCAUCAAGACUUGUCCGAAACGGAUGUUGUUUUUGCGUUCCAAAUGCCGGUUCCGAGAGACGGCGAAAUCUUAGACUUCUCCAGAUGGCAACAAAACUUAAUUGGUGUCUUACAGUUGGAUUUGAAGUAUCAUUCUCAAAUGGAAGUUAAACCUAGAAGUACAAUAACUAUAGAUGCCCGACUUGCGUACAAGAACAAAGGCGACGCGGAUGAAGACUGGAAACUUUAUACUCGGUCCGUCGAAAAACGACAUUUAGACUGUGAUAUUGAAGUGGGAACUGAAGAAUAUUUGUACAAUUGUUCUGCAAUACCACUUUUUGAACUUGGUUCUUUGUAUCAUGAUUUUUACCUACUUAAUAUAAGAUUACCAGUAGACACGCCCGAUAUGAAUACUAACAUAGGCCAUAUACAAGAUUUAUGGCUUACAGUCAUUAAUCAAAAUGGAGGAUUUACAAAAGUGUGGUUGUCGUUGAAAACUGUUUUUUUUCCAUGUAUUUUUGCAAUAUUAGCCUGGUUCUGGAAUCGCAUUCACAUGCUACAAAGAAAACCUGUAUUAUUGGAAAAAAUGCUUUUGAGUCUCGGAAUAGCAUUAUGUUUUCUUAACAUGCCUUUAGAAUAUUUUACAUUACAUUUUGAUCUUCCAUUUAUGUUACUUUUGGGAGAUAUCAAACAAGGUGUAUUUUAUGCAAUGUUAUUCUCAUUUUGGCUUGUUUUUGCUGGUGAGCACAUGUUGAUUCAAGACACAUCUGCUCAAAGUUCUCUGAAGCAGUACUGGAGACAUUUAAGCGCAGUCGCAAUGGGUUGUAUUUCACUUUUUAUAUUUGAUAUGUGUGAAAGAGGAGUUCAGUUGCGUAAUCCAUUUUAUUCAAUCUGGGUGACAGAUUUAGGCACAAAACUUGCUCUGACCUUCAUAAUACUUGCCGGCAUAUCUACUGGAGUGUACUUCUUAUUCUUGUGCUAUAUGGUAUGGCAGGUGUUCAUUAAUAUAUCUCAAAAACGUCAAUCACUGCCAAAUAUGUGUUCUGUAAGGCGAUUGCAUUAUGAGGGGAUUAUAUAUCGUUUCAAAUUUUUAAUGUUGGCAACAUUGUUAUGUGCUGCUCUAACUGUAAUUGGAUUUAUUUUGGGACAAGUUGCAGAGGGUCAAUGGAAAUGGGACGAGAGUAUUGAGCUAGAGUAUACUUCAGCAUUCUUCACUGGAGUGUAUGGAAUGUGGAAUAUCUAUAUCUUUGCUCUACUGGUACUGUACGCACCAAGCCAUAAGCGCUGGCCAGUCAAUGAAAACAGCUCUGAUACUCAGAAUUUAAGCGAAUAA